AAUCUUUAUCGUCGCAUGAAGUGUUCUAGGAGUAUGUAUGGAAAUGUUUAGCUUUCCUUAGUUUUGACGAAAUACAAACACGUUUAAUUGCCUAGAAAUAUGAAAACUCGACGAAGUAAUCCACUCGAAUACUACUAUAAAUCAUUUGAUUGCAAUUUAAGAGAUUUGAUGUAGAUUUGUACGUUUUAAUGUGAAGGUUAAUGUCUAUAUAUGUCGCUAAAUUUCUGGAUAAAAAAUUAAAACAGGUCCUUUCAAGAUCAUCCAUCAAUGCUGUAAAUCGUUAAAGCAUUUGCAUAUUUAUAUCUGAAAAGUGACGAUAUCGAAUUGAAAUUUAUCUCAUUUUACUCUCCAAAUCCACAUAAGUUUGUCUCUUAUGGUGUAUUGUGUUUAUGUGCGCGAAUUCUACCGAAUUUCCAGCCACAUAAGUGUUUAAAUUCCACCUGCUUUGAAAAACUAUGGCAGUCACAACUUUGAUCUCUUUCAUGAAUGAUUAAUAACCGCUUCCAUUUUGUUAUUAACAAUGGCGGACGAAGCGAGUUUCUGACUUCACGCUCAUUCGAUACACCAUGUCCAUAUGUUAAAGCCACUCUAACGAAGCGACGUGAGUUUUUCGCUGAGAAUGAAGGAGCAGGUUUCCGAAGACGUUUUCUCUUAAUGCUUCCUACACCGGCUAUAAUAUUCCUGUGUGUGAUUGCUGGGGUAAUUAUAAUACUAUUUAUCAUCUACCAAGUGGUAAAACGUGGCUUGGUAUGUAAUUUGGAGCCCCCUGAACGACCCGACGAUGAGGAAUACGAACCUAUGAAGUCAGUCCCGUAUGAAACAGAGACAGACGAUGAUUAUUUUGGACCCAGCUCGAAAACUCCCAGCCGCAGAAGCAGUUGUAAUACUACGAGCGGGAGCCUUAGAUCCGAUGGGGACUUCGGUGUAGGGGAUUUGUACGGCCGGGGAAAGUACUCUGACGGAACUGAUGGCGUGGAUUAUUUCGCGUAUAGUCCCGGUACUAUGCGUCGUAUGAUAGGCGGGGAAACCACCCCUCGGGGUUAUGAUCCCAGGUUACAACCUGCCGGCGAAGAGCUGGUCAGUGUUGCCGGUCGGAUGCAGAUAUCUGCGAGUUAUGCCCCCACUGCGAAUAAACUUGCUGUUAGCAUUUUGAAGGCCGAAGAUUUGCCGACGAAGGAACGAGGAGGCCCGAGUAUGGUUCAAGUCCGCGUGGUUCUCCUCCCUGCAAAGAAACAGAGAUUUAAAACCAAACCUAAAGCUUCGAACAAUGCAAGCUUCCAUGAAACGUUUACAUUUAGUCACGUGACGCAAGAAGAGAUACGGUAUGGGUCGCUUAGGAUUCGGGUGUAUGGACACGAGAGGAUCACGCGGGACCGUCUCGUGGGUGAGGUGAAUAUGUCGCUCUCGGAAUUUGAUUUAGAAUCCGAGUCGGAUACUGUGUGGAGGAUGAUCAUUCCGAGAAGCCAAUUAUCGGGUGCAGAUUCUCUCUACGAUGUUUCAGACUCGAUGAGUAUUGGAUCGGGUCACGGGGGUUCUACGUCAUCACUGGUCGCAGUGCAUGGUGGGACACCUGAGCUCCUGGUCGCUCUGUGCUAUCAAUCUCUCACUGGAAGAUUGACGGUUGAGAUUCUCAAGGCAAGCAACCUGCGCAUGCCAGCCAUGCAGCGUGCUCCUGACACUUACGUCAAAGUUGUGUUAAUUUCCCCGAUCGGUAAACCCGUUGCCAAGAGCAAGACGACGAUACGACGGAGCAUGACCGACCCGGAGUACAAUGAAAGCUUCGUGUUUCAAAUGUCUGAGCGAGAUUUGGCCGAGGUGACGCUGCAGUUCUCCGUCGUGGCGAUCUCUCGUACGCGCAAGAAAAAAGAGAUCGUAGGUUGGUUUCAUUUAGGAAAGAACAACAGCGGACAAGAAGAGACAUUACACUGGAACGAGUUGUUACAAGCGGAAGAGAAGAGUGUCAGUCGAUGGCACGUUUUAUUUGAAGACAUCAAAGAAGUUCGUUAGCUAGCUAGCAAUACGAUAUGAUCAAUUAUCCGAUCACCGAGAAAAUUACGAUGUAUCGGUAAUCGAUAGAUUGAUAUCAUACAAGUAUCGGUAUCGUUCGACGUUUCUAUCGUUUGAUUAUGAAGAAAUGGUAGAAAUUACGUUGUGAUUUUCACUUCGCUAUGUUGGUGAGUCUGCUGACGUCAGAUGACGUAGCGUCAUCCCAGAAACGGCGCAGCAGUCUGAAAACGAGUCUGAUACUUCAAUCUAUUUCAAUUGUAAUUUUCUUUCAUAUAAGUCUUGGUGAAUUCCUGUUCUGUCCUUAGAAGUCGUCAAAUUUAUUUUUUCAACGUCAAGAAGAAUAAUAUAUUUAUCGCAUAUGUUAGCGUAUGAGAUAUUUGUACUGUCAUUUAGUCAGUUGGAUCAACUAUUUCGACUCUCUCGACUGCAAAAGCGAAAAUUUUUUGAAACAUAUUCAUUUAUUUGAUCCAAACAGGUUAGCAAAAUACUAUAUACACUAGUCAAGUUGCAGUGCAAUGAUACAAAAUACCCCAUCUAUUGAAAAUAUUUGACAGCAAACGUCUAGAUAAAAAUUAUAUAAAGGGGGUAUCACGUAUAGUACAAUGUGUAUAAAUUUUAUAAUUCCAAAUGUAAUGUUAAUAUUAUGUAGAGAAUAUAAUUAUAAUAGAUCGUUACAAUCAUCGUUCUGUCGAAUAGUAUUUUUGCAUAGAGGGGACAGUUUGGAAAUUUUUAAUGGUCUGUAUCAAAUCUGAACUAUAGCGAGUGGGGACCUGAAUGUAAGUAUAUCAUUUCAAGUGCAUGAAUAAUUGAAUGUAUUCCAAGCUAGGACGAAGAAGGAAACAAGAUAAAGUUAUAAAAUGAAGCAUCUCAGUUUCUAUAAACGCCUCAGUGAUGCAUUCACCUCAUAGUUGCAUCAUGCAUUCAUACAAAC